AAAAAAAUAGCCUUUCGCCUUUGUGUCGUGACAUUGUUUCGCUAAUUGCGCGCGAAUCUGAGCGCAAGAAUUCAAGAAUUAUUCUCGAUCGGUCGUCGUUUCUCUACUUGCUAAUAGCGCGAUUCUGACUGCGACUACAGAUAGCGAGGACAAAUUCUAUCUGGAUGACGGCAGUGAAAAAGCGCGCUUGUCGAUGCUCGCGAGACGCCCUCGCCGAUCGGGGGAGGAAUUGAUGGAAUGUUUGAUUGAGGAAGAAUCGACGAUUGUGGGGAUCGGGACGAUUGCGGACGAUCGUUAAUCACGACUCGACAGCGAAGAUGAUUGCGCGGAAUCUGCCAGUGACGAGCAUUGAUUACGCGAUCAACGCAUUUGACGACAAAUUUGAGCAUCGAGCGAUCUAAUUCCGUUGGAUUGGAAGAUUCACUGAAUCCACGAACGGCGAUAAAGCUUCCUCCGCAGCCGCACGCACAGCUAUUCGAUCCAUUGACUUCGCCUAUUAAAAGAUAGAAGAGAUCCCCAGACUGAUAAAAUAUCUACCGACUGAUUAAACGGGAUCCGUCGUGGCGCCGAAUUUAUUCUGACACCAUUGAUUCUAACGUCAUCCGCUUCGCGAUCGAUUUAGUCUUGAUCGAAGAUCAGCACAAAGUCGCCUUUCACAAGAUACACCUAAACUAUCGUCGAUUAGCCUAAUUACGAGCGAGGACAACUUCGAAAUUAUUCAACAGCAUCCUCGUUUGCGCCGAUUUAUCUGAAUGCAGGAGCACUGUUUUUUCUUCUUUCAAGAGACUAAUAGAAGCGAUUGUAAAGACACGCGAUCCUCAUUCGAGGAAUUCUCCUGGGAAUUGAAUCGACUUCAAAUGAGUUGAUCCCGACAAUCGAUCGAGCUGAGAGUCAAGCUAAGCAAGUGAAACCGAACGAAUCUCUUGGGUUAAGGCUCGAUUAGUGAUAAAGUUACCGCAAAGGUCCGAAUCGAGAUAUAUCGAGACAUAAUCGACAUUCUCGCUCGUUGGUCCUCGGUAAAAGGGGACCGAUCGUGGACCCUGGUGGUGUCCCGGGGCCGCAGAUGGGAACUGGUCUGCUAGAACCCGGCAGGGUGAUCAACCCCGUGCAGCAACAGCGACAACAAUUGGACGAGUUCCCCGUCGACGUCAUCUGCGAACGUCGUCGUCGACCACGAGGCCUCUUCUUCUCCCACCCGAUUCGGCCGCGCAAAUCCGAUCAAGCUGGAAUUGAUGGAGUUGGAGAACAUCGUCGCGAACACUGUGUACCUGAAAGCGAGAGAAGGCGGUGGUGACAGUAACAAGGGCAAGAGUAAGAAAUGGCGGAAGAUACUUCAGUUCCCACAUAUUUCCCAAUGCAUCGGCCUAAAAGAUAAACUGGACAUCAGGUACGGCUAUGUGGUGGACCAGCAGCCGAUCGGGCGGCUGCUCUUUCGACAGUUCUGUCAGAACAAGAAACCGUCCUACCAUCGUUACAAUCUGUUUCUGGACUCGAUCGAGAAGUACGAGAUCGAGCUAGAUGAAAAUCGUAUCGAGCUGGCGAAGGAGUUGUUCGAGCAAUAUCUGAAGCGGGAGGGUUCGGAAGUGGUUGACAUCCUGAACGAUUCCCUGAUCUUGCAGUGCGAGGCACGACUUAGCACUGGUGGUAAGGAGCUCUUCGUCGAGGUCGCGCAGACCGUGAAGAAUUUCCUGGCUGGCGAACCAUUCUCGGCCUUCCUCAACAGUUUCUAUUUCUACAGGUAUCUCCAAUGGAAAUGGCUGGAGGCGCAACCGGUGACAUACAAGACCUUCCGGAUGUAUCGAGUGUUGGGCAAGGGCGGUUUUGGUGAGGUCUGCGCUUGUCAAGUGCGCGCCACAGGUAAAAUGUAUGCGUGCAAGAAGUUGGAGAAAAAACGUAUCAAGAAGCGGAAGGGCGAGUCGAUGGUGCUGAUCGAGAAGAACAUCCUGCAGAAGAUCAACUCCAAAUUCGUCGUCUCGCUCGCGUACGCGUACGAGACGAAGGACGCGCUCUGUCUCGUGCUGACAAUCAUGAACGGCGGCGACCUCAAGUUCCACAUUUACAACAUGGGCGGUGAACCAGGUUUCGACAUAAUUCGCGCCCGAUUCUAUGCGGCCGAGGUGGUGUGCGGGCUGGAACACCUUCAUCUUCAGGGUAUCGUCUACAGGGACUGCAAACCAGAGAACAUACUGCUGGACGAUCAUGGUCACGUGAGGAUAUCCGAUCUCGGUCUUGCGGUGGAGAUCACUGAGGGCGAUAUGGUGCGUGGUAGAGUUGGCACGGUGGGUUAUAUGGCGCCCGAAGUGAUCGACAACGAGAAGUACACCUUUUCACCGGACUGGUUCAGCUUCGGUUGUCUAUUAUACGAGAUGAUUGAGGGUCAGGCACCGUUUCGCGCCCGCAAAGAGAAGGUCAAGCGCGAGGAGGUCGAUAGACGCGUCAAGGAGGAUCAGGAGAGGUACUCACCCAAGUUCAGCGAAGAAGCCAAGAGUCUAUGUCAGCAAUUGCUGAAGAAGAGUCCGAAGAACAGACUCGGUUGCAAAUGCGGCCGACACGGGGCGAAGGAGGUGAAGCUCCAUGGUUUCUUUCAGUGUUUGAACUGGAAGAGGGUCGAGGCCGGUAUGUGGGAUCCGCCAUUUGUGCCGGAUCCUCGUGCGGUUUAUGCCAAAGAUGUUUUGGACAUUGAGCAGUUUUCCACAGUAAAAGGUGUCAAUUUGGACGCCACGGACGAUACCUUCUAUAGCAAGUUCAACACUGGCAGCGUAUCCAUUCCAUGGCAAAAUGAGAUGAUAGAGACUGAGUGUUUUAAGGAGCUGAACGUACUAGGUCCUAACAACACGCCCACCCCAGACUUAUUGGUAAAUCAUACUCCGCCCAACAAUGAGGACAGAGGUUGUUUUCCCUUUCGGAGAAAGAGAAAGCAGAGCGCUCGUACAAGGGAGGUGCCACUGUCAGAGUGUUACCUGCAAGAGUUAUCGCAGACGCAGAGCUCAGAAAUGCCGGCCAGCUGAUCCAGGAUGAACGCAAGUAACAGCCUGAAUCGAUCGACGUCGUCGCCGUUUCGACACUGUUGCCGCGGCUGACGACGACGUAUGUCCAGACGCUGCUGCCAGCGGCUGCUGUGAUAAGAGCAAGCCGAUCUCUGAUUUUUUCUGUCGACAGCAUCCGAAUUCUCGGUAACUGUUUACGAACGCGGCUACACGGCUCGCUUAAUGGGAAAGCACUGCGACUGCGAACCUAAAGCGUCAUGGUUCCCGAGACAUUCUCUUGGAUUCAUUAGAUCGGGUCUGAUUGGAUCCGCGCGACAAGAAUUCGCGCAAUUCUACAUGCGUACACGUCUACGUAUAAGAUAGUCAUACACGACAUAUGCCAGUAUUGUAUACAGUCAGGUGGUAGGUAUAUAUUCGUUAUUAAAUAUAUCUUCCUCGGGCACGACACGCACUUUUGUGCGUAUAUCGACCUGCUUUAUUGAGCCUCGAUGUGUCUCGAUUUAUGAAUCACAGACGAGGAUUUAAGGUGGCAUAUAUGCAUAGAUAAUUAUUUUAUUCGGUAUGAUGACAAAAUAGGUGUCAUUUUCCAAAAACGAAGGAAAUCUAUAAGUUUCACAAUAUCUUAUUUCUCAUUAACCAUGAAAUGCUCGAAAUUUUCAAUCUCGAAUUUCGGCUGUAUCUAAGUUGAGAAGUAACUUAGGAGGGAUGAAAAAAAAAACGUAUAUUUAAGUGUACAAAAAUGCAAGCGGAUGUGCAAUCAUUUGCGUAUGUAAAAAUUUUUUAUAUGUACUUACGACAAUUUUUUUAAAAUUGAGACCACGUAUAUAUGUACAAAAUUAAUUUAUAUGAUACAUUGAUUUAUUUAAAGAGUGCUUUCUUCGUCGCAUUUAUACGAUAGAACUUUUUUUUGUAUCGCUUUAUUUUUAACGAUCUAGAGAUUCGUUGCCGUACCAUCGAAAGAAUCGAAGAGCAUCAUUUUGAUGCGCGAUCAAUCAAGUGCGAGGAAUCGUAUAUGUGUGAGUAUGCCGCAAUAUAACUUUAUUUAUAUUCGAAUCGUUUUAAGUACUUUCCGAGAAUCUCGAAACGCACUCACUUGAUCUAGUUUUCGGUCGAUCCCGAUAUGCAGUUUGUAAGGCCGUAUUGUCGGAAGCGAUUAAACUAGAUGGCCAAGAACUUCGGGUCGUAAAUUUCGGAACACGCGCGAAUGGCUUUUAUGAUUUGAUGAAUAUCGCGCUCGAUAGGAUCUGAGAUGAAAUUCGCGUGUUGGCCAAAAUAGAAUAAGACUGGCGCGUAGACGAGCGAUAACGCGAGCGCGCACGUGGAACCGACAGGUCAUAAAAGAGCACGUGACCUGGCGCUCGCUCGUUCCCGCGGUGUAUCGCGACGUUAAGCUACCGGUAAACGGACACCCGAUACCACCGCGGAACAAAUAAACGUUCGCGUGCACGCUCGCUCGUUUAUAAACGUUAACUCGAUACAUAUAUACUAGAGGUUGAAGGCACGUGCGUGUAAUGUGAAAGCGAUGCAGUGGAAUUGAUUGGCGCCGAGAAGGAUAUAUUGAUAAGGCAAUAUUGUCACAAAUGUGGUGACAUCGAAUAAAUUCAAUAAAAUGACGAAUAAAAAUAAAUGUAACAGAAUGUUUCCGGUUGUUUCACGUUUUCGUGAAAUAACAUGAACAAUUCGCGUCUGCUCGGAUGUUUUUAACACAUUGUACGAUUUUGGUUUAACCGCGGAUUGGCGUUAUCGCUAAUUCACAUAAAUGGGCAAAUGUCCAGAAAACAAGGAACGAAGGAUAAUAAACGGGAAUUGCGUCUGUCGACAGUUUCGAGCGUUAUGAUCGAGCGACAUUCGAUAUCGUUUAGUUUAACAGUAUUUUUCAAAACGUAAUUAUAAUAGUCGCGUAUCAUUUCUCAGUAUCUUUAUCUUUUCAGUAUCUUCUUUUAUCUCUUGAAGAAAGACGCGAAAAAUUUCACAAUGAGUUGAUCCAGUAUUCAAUGUCGACUUGGAUAUAAUAUGAUUAGAUACAGUUUUAAUAAUAAAAUAACAAUUCUAACAAAUUUUAGAGAGAACUAAACUCUUAAUCUGUCAAAUAAUCUAUCGUUAAAAUUAGAUUAAAAUCGAAGAUUCCGGGCCAUCCUACUUAUCGAAAGAAAUGAUACUAUUAUAAUAUACUAAAGCUUCAUUUUUAUUACAAAGUAUCUGAGAUUUUGACGAUUUAUUUUCUGUCGCGUGGCAGAUAAAUUCCUGCGACACUUCAGUAAUGUUGUCUGAGAAACGAGCGAGGAGAUUUCGCGAAUCGCGCGACGGAUCGGAUUAACGACACACUUUCGGACUGUUUGCGAGCACUUUGGCUGUACUCCAAUCGUGAUUCGCGUGCCAACGAUUGGAGUUCUUUGGCUAUUACAUAUCUGACAGAGUUGUCGCGGGCCACCGUGCCGAGAAUGUCGGGUAACUUUUCUUUUUAAUGCAUCUCGUAAACUGGGAUGCGAAUGUCGAUGCACUCAAAAUUGCUCUUCUUAAUCUCAUUGAGAAUCUCUGUGACAGGAAUCGAUUCGCUGAUAGAUUCGCACAAAAGAUAAUAUCGCAGAAUCGAUCGAUAUUAAAAGUAAUAGUAAAAAUAGUUUGCAAAAUUGUAUUUUUAUCUUAACAUUUUUAAAAAAAGAUUGGCUCAAUGAUUGUUGCGUGAACAUAUAGUAAUUAGUCUUGAAAAUCUGCUAUCAGACGUUAUAUGUGUAGCUUUUCCUCGAAAAACGACAAAGAGAUAAUUAGAUGAAAUUAUUAAAUUAAGAUAAAUGUUUGAAGAGCUCAUUCUAGAUUUACAAGCGGCACAAAAAGUGUAUAAGAAUUUUCUUAUUUCCUUUUUAUUCGUAAAGGAAUUAUUGUUAGCAAGAGAGAUUACACAAACGAGAUCGCACAAACAGGCUCACGCACGCACAUAUAAAUUAAUGCGAAUUGACGAAAGGUAUACGUAUAUCGAGAUUUUCAAGUUGUAUUUUUCAAAUUGAUAAGCAAGAACGUGGAUAAAUUUUUGUGGAACAAAUUAAAAAUUGUGCAUUUAUUACCACGACAUUAUGCCACUGAUGAAACAAAAAUAAGUUGCAAAAUUCAGUUGUUAUUAUAAUGCAACGAUUCACAAUAAGAAGCACAAAUUGCGUCUAGCAAUCGCCGUACGAACAAUACUCCGAACAAACUUCUCAUGGCUCUAUGUAUUGUCAAGAUAAUUACUCUUUAUGAUGAUUAUACGCUAAAAUAAGUAAGACUAAUUUACUGAGAACGAAACUGAUCGAAGAAUGGAGGUCAAAUGUCUCGGUUAAGUAUUAGGAGAAUUGAUCAUUUCUUAUGUUAUGUUUAAAUAUUUUCUCUUAGCAUACAUAUGCCGGAUUUAUAAUAUUAAACAUGCACAUUUGAAGAAAAAAUUAUUAAAUAUUAACAUAUCAUAUUUUGAAAAAAAUAUCGCAAAAGAUGUUAUUUUAGAGAGAAUUCUCUCUCUUUGUUUUGUACAGGUAAUUUAAAACGACGACUUUAAAAGCAAUAUUUCUGCAAACAAAAAAUUCGAGAUCUCUUUCUCUCACAAUUCAGAGCAUUAUUUUUGAUACUCGGCUGAUAUUUGACGUCCAUUUUUCAACGCGCAAGUAAUAUCGGACAUUGAAAUGAUAGGACAUGUACAUCUAACAGAGAACAAUGACUGGAGUGAUUUAAGUUAACUGCUAAUUAAACUUUCCCGACGUCGAUUCUUAUCACUGAUACAUAAUUUACGUAGUAAACAUGUUAUUCUAUCGCACACGCUGUAACGAUUAUGUCAACCGGCUCGACAUCAAAUGUGUGAUAAAGCAAGUGUGAAAAACCCCUCUCAUCAGAUAAAUCGCGAAAUAUGCACUCGCUCAUGACGCACUAUGUCACACGACAGUUCUCUCAUCGUCGACGCGGACGCGAAAGCAUUACUAUUCGUUAAAAUGUAAACAGAAAGAGAAUAUUUUUUCUUUAAUUUGGUUUAAAAAGAUUUUAAAACUAAUCUUAAAAUUUAAAGAUUAAUUUGCAGAUAGAUAUUUAAUUAGUACAAUAACUUAUAAAUAAAUAAAUUAUUACUUAAUUGUUCAUACAAAAAUGGAUCUUCAUCUAUUUUUGUGCGGGGAGAUACUUUAAGCUGCUAAAUAUUCAAAAAUUAGCGAUGUUCAGUUUGCAAAAUUUUACUUAACGAUAUAAUCAAUUUGUGAUUAUUUGCGAUUGAUCCUCUCCGCGUCGGCAAAACACUUUAGAAUAGAGAAUCUCUCGUUAUCUUUUAACUGUGAUUUCUCGAAAUGUCUUCUGUUUAAUCCUGCUACAUUUUUAAUUUAUAUCGAAUGGUCCAGAAAUAUUUUUUAAGACAUUAUUUCUCUUGUUGCGCAUUCAUCGUUUUAUAUCAACACGUGUAAGAUAUUUCGAUCUAAGAUCUGUUACGAGAUCUACUACAGUCUACAAUAAUUGUAGACUACGCGAUGUUCGACUAUUAUACAUAUAUUCAGAAAAUACCAAAUUAUUUAAUAAUUUUUCUAAGUAAGUAAGCGCGUAACUUAUUCACAUAUAUAUAUAUGCAUAUACAUAUAUAUUUUUGCCUAUGUAUGUAACGUAGAUAUAAAUAGGUAUAUACGUAUAUAUACGAUAGACUGCUCUGAAUAUACUUUUGCAAAUAGCAUUUGCUCCUCUUGUAAAAUUCAUAUUUAAAUUACGCAUCUGUGUAAGCAUUUCAUUGGCGCGAUUACAUAUACGAUAUGUGGAUUAGAGAGAUAUUCUGUAAUUAAAAUCUCAUCUAAAGAGGAAGAGAAUCUUACUUUGGAAAUGUCAGAUUAUAUAUCGCUCUUGUUGCCUGUACAUAAUUAUAUUCGCACGCAAUUGUCUCGAGCAAGCUCGAGGCCAAAUUUUCUCUAAUGAUGAUGGAUUAAUUAUUGAAUAAUAAUGAAAAAAAGGAAUGUUUAACUUAAAAAGAUGGAUAUGUAUAUCCUCCGCGUUAAUAUUUGUCGUACUAACAUUUGGUAAUUCCAUUCCAUUUUGAAACGCGAGUCUUUGUCCUUAUCUUUACAGGAUAUUGAAAGGAUCCUGAAAGAAUAAUUAGAUGAUAGUUAAAUGCCUGAACAGGUACGUUACUUGUGCCAGUUUGUCAUGUCUGUUGUAUGAGAGAGACUAUUUUGAAACAGGCUAAAAGUAUUAGAGAGCGCACAUGCGUCUUCAAAGACGAUCAAAAUCGAUCGCAGCGAAUGUGUGAAAAGCGAAUUGCGCGCUUAAAUUAGAUUCGUCCGAUUCUACGCGUCGUUGGUUAUAUAUAAUUUCGAUGACAGACAAUGACAGAUCCAAAUACCACGCGGUCUCCAAUAUGCCAGUAUAAUUUAGAAUUAAUCGAUAUAGGUAAACAACAGCAGUUUUAUUUUAGAUUACAUUUUAUAUCAAUCUUGGAUAUAUUAUUUUUUUCUGUCCUGUAAUUUUAUAUACAACGCGGCCCAUUGAAUAAAAAAUGUGGGAUCCCAAAUUAGUAUAAAAAUAAUAAAUUGUCAAGCCUCGAGAAUUAAUAUCGCUCGCGAUUUUUCCGAGGAUUCUCUUCGAACGAUGAUUUUGGACGAUGAUUUGUCGUGCAUGAUCUUUAAUCGUCCAUCGUCGAAGGAUUUAUAUAGGGGAUAAUAUAUAUGAGUAACAUAUUACGCGAGGAGGCCGAUAGUUCUCUGUGUAAAUACGUCAGUGAUAGUAAUAUCGAUAGGAAUUAAUUAAGCACGGGACACACAGACUAGUAGAUACUUGUAUGUAUUAUAUUAAUGUAAGACGCGAAUAAGAUAAGUCGCGUGUAUUCGCGAAACGGAGUUUCGCGCCGAGGCGACAUUUAUCGCUCUACGUAUCUCGUCUCCCCAUUCAUCUUUCCUCUCUCAUCCUCGACCUGUUACCGUGUCAACAUUACCUGUAAUAAACGCCUCGCUGCUUCAGUUGUGACGUCGUAUUCAUCAUGCCAAGAUAACGGAGCGUUGAUUGACUUAUCGCGGUGGCAUUAGCACGUGUAAUAGUAAUAAUAGUAGCAGAGUAUAUAUAAGUAACUGGGAAGGGGGAAUCGUCAAAAGAGCAAAUGCGACAUCAGAUAAUUGUGACACCGCGAUGUUUUUACACAGUGAUAAAAAUUGAUAAUUGUAAUACUAUUGGAAAAUGAUAAUGUUUUCGUAUUAAAAAGAACUGUAUGUUGCACGUAAUUAUAUUAUCGGUCUUACAUUUUUGCAUCUCGAUAUUACAAUUAUUUUGCGAUUAUUCUUGCAUAAGCUAUUUUUGUGCAAUGCAACGUUACGCCUGAAGCAGGCUUAGAUCUUUAUUAUUAUACGACGGCGAUGUCAUUGUAACGGGAGAUUAUCGCAAAUCAACUCGUUACAGAGUUAGUAUGUAAUUAUUAUCGCGACAUCGUCCCACUGUAGAUCAUAGCGUAUAUUUAUAUAUUUUAAUGAGGCGAGUUUCAAUAAACUCCCGCACGCACACAGACACACGUACACGAAGACGCGUUAGAGGUAUCUAGUUUAAUCAUUAAUCGCGAGUUUUUCGCGCAAGCCCGUCGACGGAAGGACAAAUUGUAGCAAUAUGAAAGCCUAACGAAGCGUCUUAAAUUAUUAAUUAAUGAUGUAUGCGCGAUUAUUUGUACGCUUUGUAUUCUUCCGAUUUAUCCGCUCCAGAAAAAAAUAGCGUAUCGGAUGAAUAAACGUUGGUCAGUGAUUAAUUAGUAAUUUGACAGGCCAGGUAUUAAUUCGUUUUUAUAUACGUAUAGUGAAAUCUUCGCGCGAGACAGAUUUCGAUGUUUUUUUUUUUUUUUUUUUUAAUUAUUAUUAUACGAUUUAGCGACGUAAACAAUUUACGUAAUAUUUUUAAAUUCGGAUUUUUAUUAAGUUUUAAGUAGGCGAACGAUUCGUUACGCAAAUGGACAAUCCUGAAAAGGGAAUCGAACGAGAUAAUGUAAAAUAAUAUUCUGUUCUAUACGGAGAGAGCCAAAUGAAUAUUUUUGUUUUUUACAACUUCGAUACGUUGUACAACCGCUGCGGAAAAGAAAAGUUAUAUAAAUAUUAUAAAUAUAUACAUAUAUAUUAUCGUAUGUAAGUUAUAAAUACGCGCGGGCUUACUGUAUUUAUAACUUAUAUGUUUAUACAUGCAAAAUAUAGAAACCUAUAUAAUCAGAGUCGUCGUAAUCUCGUUGAUUUCGUCUUCGUUGUUUGCUUUUGUUCUCCUUUCCGCAGGUAAACGAUCACUAUACUCGCAUCUGCGAGAAAAUCAAAACGACGGUAAUUUUUGAUGAGCCCGUUUAUUUUUUCCAGUCACGAAUGUGAGAGGGUUGCAUGGUUGAUACACAGUAUUUAUACACAAUAUAAUAUAAUUUUUUUUUUCCUCUUUUCAACUCUUUUUUUACGUGCUCAGAUCCUAAGCUACAAUUCUUAUUUCCGUAAGAUUAAAUCCGUAACGCAUUAUGCGAGGAAAUGAUUACUUAUACUUUACUUUACACAAUUCAUUGUUAAUCGAUAGGUCAAUCUCGCAAAAUCGACCCAAAUGCACACUCGUAUUACAGGCUUCAACAUAAAAAUUAAUAUAAAAAAUGCACUCAUAUAUUAAUAAUAUUCUUCUUCACCUCUCUCUCUCUCUCUCUCUCUUUCGCGCCCUCUCUUUUUCUCUUUCUUUCACUUAAUUUUACCAUCGAUCAAUUCAUUUAUGCCUUAUUGUCACGAGUCAGAAUGCCUGUUGGUAUGUAUCUGUUAAUAUUUAAUAUUUUUAUCAAAAUCGAGUUUACAAUAAAUUAUUUACAUUUUAAUUAAGAGCGUACUAAAAUUUAUUUUGACAUUUGCAAAAUUAUUACUCCUAUAUUCUCGUUAAUAAUAAUAUUUGUGUGCUCUUUAAUACGAUUUUCAAUAAUAAUUAUUAUCGCCAUAGUAAAAGGCAAUAAAACUGACAGGAAGUUUUAAAUAUUAAGAACGUACUCAAUGGACGUUUAUUUAAAUGUGUUAUAGCUGAGAAAGUUUAACAGUCUUUACGUUACGUAGUCUAAAAUAUUUUACUUAAUUCCCCCUACCCACAGGCAUCCUGAGAAGCGUUGAUGAGUGUUUGUGAUUCUCGAAACAUGUUCCAUAAAAAUAUAGCUAAAUGACGAAGAACUAUAUAAUUAUCACUUGUGGCGAGUAACAUCAACGAUCCGUCUUUCUGCUGACUAUUGUGGAGAAAUAAUCUAAAUUCGCGAAAAAAAUUAUUGUCCUAUAUCGCAAAAAAAUUAAGAAACGUUAAUAAUUGUAAGAACCAUUUUAUUCAUUUGAAUGUCCAAAUUUUUGUAAAGCGGACGAAUCGCCGAGUUGCUCCCUUAAAUACGAUAUUGCGGUAACUAAAACUAUUGUAGGAAGUUAGGAUAAUUCUUUUCAAUUAGGCGAGAUCUCGUUUCAAGAACACCCUGUAGAAAAAGCUUGGUCCUAGAACAAUUUUACUAGAUAUGUGCAAUGGUACUGUUUCUUGCGCUUAGAUUAUCUUCUGCACUGAGAAACAAAAUUCUAGGGAUGCAAAGUAUAGUGCAUAUAAUACUACAUCGAAUAAAAAAAAAGAAGAGAUCUUUCACCGGAAAGAACAAAGUGCCAUUAAGAAUGAAAACGGCUAAUCGCGGCAAAGCGGUCGAAAUGAAAAUUUCAUUCGGUGAAUUUUGCUCCCCGGACACUUUAUAAAUGCUAUUAUUUUUUUUUGUAUACCAAAAUCGAAACUCUACUUAAGUAUAUUUACGUCUUGAGAGGCACAAACGCGCCCAAAGAUCGAGCAAUAUACAAACUAUUCUUAUCAACGGAAAUACAUUUUUAUACAAUCGAUAGCGAGAACGAAACUUUCUUUCUCUCUUUCUCUCUUUCUUCUCUUUGAUUCCUUCGUAAUUGAUUUUAGAAUAGAUGAGGAUUUUAGAGACUCAACAAACAAUAUAAUCAUAAUACGGUGAACAUUUAUAAGUUCAUGCAAUUAAUAAUAAAUUGUCGAAAAUGAGGAAAUAAUAUAAAGCGUAUUUUAAUUUUUUAUUUAUUGUUGGAAUUUAUAUCAAAAGUACGCAUGAACUUAUAAACUCAUCUUAAUAAUUAUCAUUUCUUCAAAUGUUAUCUGCUUACUUCCUCAUUUAUUAAAUUGCCUACUACUAUUUCUCCUCAAUAUGCAUUAAACGUAUAGAAUGUUUUUUCAGAGAAACGUUUCUCUCCCUUCCAUUUUAUUAAAAUUAAUUCCUCCUUCCAAAUAGCAGAAGCCUAAUAUUUUUCGAUCCUUCUUUAAACCCCAUUUAUUUUCUUCAUCUUGUAUCGAACGCGCCGACUGACUUUACUCGAUUGAUCCACGUACGUUUGCAUUGAGCACAUAUACACAUACGCGCGCACAUACUCGCAUACACACACGCAUUUUAUCACCAGUGGCAGUAAAAUGUAAAACUAUUAUGCGACGUUGACAAUCGAGUGCCAGCGCGUAACAAAUGCACUUUUAACCUCUCUGUUUUACAGAAAUGCGGAUUAUUACGAUUAAAUUAAAAUUAGGAAUUAACUUAAACGGAAAAGACGAACGCGAACGCGUGUGUAAAAAAAGUGCGUUUUGCCGAAACGAAGAGUUAAUCUCUUCCACGCACGUGUGCACAGAUUUCUCUUUCUAUCAGGGAUGCAAGAUAUAUUAACGAUAGAUAUUCUAUGUUUCUUGCAAUAAAAUACAAUCUUUUUUCGUAAAAUAAAUAAUAAAGUAAAUAGUUAAAUAAAAUAAUAAGAUACAUUUUUUUUAGUGAAACUUUCAUGAAACGAUACUGUAAAUGGACAAAGUAUUUUCUUUACAUUUUCAAUAAAAAGGAUAAAAAUAUGUCAGAGAAAUAAAAAUAGUUGUUAGCAUCUACCUAUAUAUAAUCACAGUUUUUUUCACAGUAGUCUCUUUUCAGUAAUUUAAUGUUCUAAAAUUCUUUCUCUUAAAAUUGGAGUUUGCGACAUACUUCGGCGCUUCCAUUAAUUAAAAAAAAAAA